UUUUUUAUUUUCGUGUUUCUUGUGUCACAAAUCACAAUCAGAAAAUUUUCUAAGCUCGUCUGAUUUUAUUUCACUUCGAAACGGUGGAUUUUUGUCCGUACGUGAUUUUGAUUUCCGAAGAUGUCGAAGCUCUGACGUAACAUUAGGGUUUCGAAUUUCGAUUUCUGGGUUUUCUUGUAACUAUGGCGGUGGAAUAUGAAUGUUGCGGGACGGACUUCUUUAUACACAUCGGUGUGAUAGUGUUACUAGUGUUGUUCGCUGGACUAAUGUCUGGUCUUACUUUGGGUCUUAUGUCUAUGAGUCUCGUUGAUCUUGAAGUUCUUGCUAAAUCCGGUACACCCAGAGAUCGUCUUCAUGCUGCAAAGAUAUUGCCGGUUGUGAAAAAUCAGCAUCUUUUGCUUUGUACUUUACUGAUAUGUAAUGCAGCUGCUAUGGAGACGCUUCCUAUAUUCCUUGAUGCUCUUGUGACGGCUUGGGGUGCCAUUUUGAUUUCAGUGACGUUAAUUCUUCUCUUUGGUGAGAUCAUACCUCAGUCAGUUUGUUCCCAUCAUGGGUUGGCGAUUGGUGCAACAAUGGCUCCAUUUGUUCGUGUUCUAGUAUGGAUCUGCUUACCAGUUGCAUGGCCGAUUAGUAAGCUGCUGGACUUUCUACUAGGUCAUGGUCAUGUAGCCCUUUUCCGAAGGGCUGAGCUGAAAACACUUGUGGAUUUGCAUGGAAAUGAGGCUGGUAAGGGUGGAGAGUUGACACAUGAUGAAACAACAAUCAUUGCUGGAGCUCUUGAACUAUCUGAGAAAAUGGCUAAAGAUGCAAUGACACCAAUUUCUGACACUUUUGUGAUUGAUAUCAAUGCCAAACUUGACAGGGAAUUGAUGAAUUUAAUUCUUGAGAAAGGUCAUAGCAGAGUCCCAGUAUACUAUGAGCAACGUACCAACAUAAUUGGACUUGUUUUGGUAAAGAACUUACUAACUAUCAACCCAGAUGAUGAAAUACAAGUCAAGAAUGUGACAAUACGAAGGAUUCCAAGAGUUCCAGAAACCUUACCGUUAUAUGAUAUAUUGAACGAGUUCCAGAAAGGACAUAGCCACAUGGCUGUUGUUGUGAAACAGUGUGACAAAAUCCACCCAUUACACAAUAAUGAUGCUGCAAACGAGACUGUAAAUGAAGUCAGAGUGGAUGUGGAUAAUGAGAGAUCCCCACAGGAAACAAAGUUACAGAGAAGGACAUCACUUCAGAAAUGGAAGAGCUUUCCAAACCGAGCAAAUUCGUUUAAAGCAAGGUCGAGGAGCAAGAGGUGGUCCAAAGAUAAUGAUGCUGACAUUCUGCAACUUAACGAACAUCCACUUCCAAAGCUAGAUGAGGAGGAAGAUGCUGUUGGUAUCAUUACCAUGGAAGAUGUCAUUGAAGAACUUUUACAGGAAGAGAUAUUCGAUGAGACGGAUCAUCAUUUUGAAGACUUGUGACAGUCGAGGGCUCAAUAUUAGUUGUCUGAACGGCUGAACCAUAUACAUGGUGCUAUACCUCAGAAGAUCCAAUUUCAACUGGACAAGUUUUGCUGCGAAAGAUUCGUAUAUAUAUAAGUCAGAUCAUAUGUCAUGUAAUAACACUGCUUCUUAGGG